UAUUUACUUCCUUAUUGCUCUCUUUUCCCGUUGAUUUACUUUAAUUGCACGUUUUUCAUUAAUCGUAAUCUUAAAUAAUAAUCAUUCAACUGUUCGUUCAAUGUGUAUCAGUACUAAGAAUCUAGGGUUUUAUAUGCUUAUACGUAAUUUGGGGUUUUCGUUUCGAUCAACUAUAAUAUGAUUGUUUUGAUUUGCUCGUAUGAGAGUUUGCUGUAACUUCAUAAUGGAUUGAUCCUAUCUUAUUCUGCGAAAUUGGGGUUCGGGUUUUGUAUACUCUAAUUUUCGCAACUUGUCCGCUCCUUUUCGUGGAGUAGUCAUAUUUGUCUUUAUUGCUGAAUUAUUUAUGAAUAUAUGUCAGGAUUAAGAAUGCAUUCUACAACUUUGGUUUAGAAACCCAGCAGGAAGAGUUGGAGGCAUUGUGGUUAUCAUUAAUGAUAGGAAAUUGGGAAAAACUAAAAGAAGACUGCUGUUGCAUUGUCCUAACCUUUCAGUGACUAAACUGUAAUUCCUACUUUUUUUUAAGGAUGCUUCGUUUGACUUUGUGGUUAUUGUGCAUAUUCAUUUUUCCGCUUUGAAAUUUGUGGUGAAAUUUGAUAAUUCUUUAGUAUUUUUGUUCCCCCUGUAGUACUGUGUAGGUUUUGUCUUGUACCCUUUGUUGUGUCAUGCUUAUAUGUCGCGGAAUGGUGUACUGCUGACGAUUCAAAUGUUUCUAUCUUCUUCCAGAUCUAUUGGGAAUCAACAUCUUAUGUACUUUUAGAAGUUUAACUUUUACAGACGAAUUCUUACAGAAAAUUAGAUUCACUUCUCUGCUUUAUGUGAUUGGUAUUUACCUUGGAUAACAUUUAUACUAGAAUCUGAUGUUGGAAUUCGGCGCUUCUUUAAAUAUAUCAACUAGCAUCUUUUUAAAGUGAUCCUGGUGAAAUAGCAUGUGGCUAGUCUCUGUCUAGUGAUUGCUUAGGAGUAAGAAAUAUGAAAUAUGGAAUAGUUCUGACUAUGCCAUAAAUAAUAUUCACCUAAUGACUGACUAUUGGUCCGAUUGAAUACAUUAUUAUCUUUUGCAUUAUAUAUUUUACUGCGAUUUCCACCCUCAUUGUGGUAUGGUCUCAGAGAUAUUUCUGGCUUACAUGAAAUGCAAUGUUCUCCUAGUCAUCAGCAAGCUCCAAUUUACAACUAUACUAAUCUUUAGCAUUUGUUGUACCAGAAAACGUAUGCUUCUAUGGUAUAAGUUUCUGCAUCUGAAUAGGAAACAAUUAUACUGCCUGAGAUAGGGUCUGUUCCAGUGGAUUUUGCAAUAAUGGAUCGUGGAAAAAGGCCAGGCCGAUCGCUUACUGCACGAAAUAAUCAGAUUUAUAUGGAUCUUAAGGACAUCGUCAGGGAACAUGCCCUUCCCUUCCUGCCUGCCAAAUCACUUUUCAGAUUCACCACUGUUUGUAGGGACUGGAGACUCCAGAUUUCCUCUCCAUUUUUCGCCCACAAUCAGUCACUUUCCUGUCGCAGUACAUCAGGCCUCUUUCUCCAGACUCCUGGUGGUUCUUCUUCUCUCUUACCCAUCGGCGCAAACUUUUGUGGGGUUCCAGAUCCAUUCCUUAGGUUUUUGCCUGAGCCUGUCGACAUUAGGUCCUCCUCUAAUGGACUGCUUUGCUGCCAAGGUCAUGGAGUUGACAAGGCCUAUUACAUAUGUAAUCCCGUUACUCAGCAGUGGAAGAAACUUCCGAAAUCAAAUGCUAAUCAUGGAUCAGAUCCAGCAGUUGUGCUCUUAUUUGAUCCAUCGUUGCUCAACUUUGUCGUAGAGUACAAAAUUAUCUGUGCAUUCCCAUCCACAGAUUUUGGUGAGGCAACUGAGUUUGAGAUAUAUUCCUCCAAAGAGGGUUCCUGGGAAAUUGCCGGAGAGAUCUGUUUUGGAGCUAGGAGGGUUAUACCAAAAUCGGGGGUUCAUGUUAAUGGUGUUGUUUACUGGAUGACAACUGGUAGUAUUCUUGCUUUUGAUCUAACCAAAGAGAGGUCACAGCUCCUUCAAGACUAUGUCGCUCGUGGGAUUUUGGGGGCUUUUAGUGGAAAGCUCUGUAAGGCUAAUGUCUCUGGUAAUUCAAUCAUUGUAUACAUUUUGGCUAAUGCCCAUUCAAAUACGAUGCAAAUGGGAAGCAAUACCAGAAUGUGGUCAGAGAAACAGCGGAUUGUUCUUGACAGUAAAAUUGUUGGGGAUGUAGCAAGGGACUACUCGGUCUUACAUGUUGAUGGUGAUUUAAUGGUGGUUCAUAGCGGGGAAAGAGUGUAUUCAUAUGACUUCAAGUCCCGUGCAACAAAAGUUCUGAGCAAUGUAUCCGACAUUUAUAAUAUGCGAUGCUUGCCCUAUGUGAACAACCUAGUCUCUCUCUAAUCUGCCUUGGCUGCUGUAGAAGGUUCUUUGUUUGGAGCUGCAACCAGCCUAUUGGGGAACACAAGCUGUCUUUUCAGAAGAAUGCUUGUCCUGAGGGAAUAAUAUUUUUGGUGUUGUGUUGCAGUCUCUUAUAAACAGCAUUGGCCCUUCUCUAUUUAUUAGACUAGUUUUCUUAUUAGUAACUUAUUAGAAUUACAGCUUGUGGACUACUAUCUUAGUAGAUCUUAUUCAAACUCAGUGACUACUACUUUCUUGUCUGUGCUAACUUUUAUGCUCUCUAA